AUGAUUUCUAGACAAUGCGUCCAACGCCUACUAACAGUGAGCAGUAGAAGAACCGCCAUGAUGUCGCGUUUUUAUAGCUCAGCAGGACCAGUAAAAUCUUCGUCAACAACAGCUACGCGCAAGCGACGCGAAGAAGCUCAAGCUCUGCGGGAUUCGUUCAAAUUCAAUUUAAUUGACAAUGGCGAGGAAGAUGACGAGACGCUGCGUCAGAAAAAGCUUAAACGCACCUACGAACCUAAUCCUGAGGUACCUAUUCUUGAUAAUUUGGCUUCGCGUUGGGACAAGAUGGAUUCUUUGGAUCAGGAAGAAAUUGUGCUUUAUCUUGAGGACCGUAUGCGUGGAGACUGGAAGGAAAUGUCUGAUUUAGAAAAGAAGUCUGCUCUCUUUGUUGCUUAUGGUCCCUGGGGCCCCCGUGCUCAAACAAAAGACUCGCGUUCUGGUUAUGAGAUUUUUGUUAAAAUUGUUCUUGUUUCUAUGAUACUUGUUGGAGGUUACCAGAUUGCAAACAGAAAGGCUGGUUACUUUAACCCCCCAUUGCUUGAAAAUGCCAAUUCUACAGUCCCUGAACAAAAGGAAGAGCAACAAAAGAAUUAA